UAUUUUUCAGUUAAAUUAUGACGACGAAGGAAGUUUCUCUAUCGAUGUUAGCCCAGCUAACGUAAGUUAGGCUAGCUAGCAUAGCUUGAGCUCAGCUCGUGCAAGGUAACAGUUUGUGUGCCGCUCUGCUACACACACCUACCCGAGUACCAAGAGCAAACCGCCUCAAAAAAAAGUCGAGGAAUAUUAUAUCUAACUACUCCGGCAAACUUGUAUUAGGAUGCUCCAAUGGGUAAGAGCAGCCAUGUCUGAGGAGGCAGCGCGUCAAACGCGCAGUCAGAAGCGGGCUCUGGAGAGGGAUCAUGCAGCUGUUGCCGGGUCCCUGGGGGACUUGGACAGUAAGCGGGUUAAACUGGAGAGAGGAGAUGCAGCUGGAGGUCCCAUGGCCCUGGUGGGUUCUGGAGCUGAGAGUGGCAAGCUGAAGAGUGAGCAGGCUGCAAAGGUUGCAGCCAGCAUCCUAAAGGCUGGGGAAGUGAAGGCUACUAUUAAGCUGGAGGUGCAGACUAGAGACGAGCCCGUUGAUAUGAGCACAUCAAAAAGUGACAUUAAAAGAGAGCGGCAGCCGCCAUCUCCAGAUGAUGUGAUUGUGUUAUCAGACAACGAGCCAUCCAGUCCUCUCAUGAAUGGACACUGCUUCACAAAGACCGACACAGAUAAACUUAUGAAGAGUUCUUCUGAGGAGAGGGAGCACAUUAUUAAACAACUGAAGGAAGAACUGAGACUCCAAGAGGCCAAACUGGUGCUACUUAAGAAAUUACGGCAGAGCCAGAUCCAGAAGGACAGCACUGUACAGAAGGUGACUGGCUCUGUGGCUACUCCUCCUCCUUUGGUGAGAGGUAGCAUUACAUCAAAUAAAGGACCCCUACAGGUGACAGGUCGUAGCUCCGGCACAGUGAUCCCUCCUCCAUUAGUGAGGGGUGGCCAACAUGUCCCUUCCAAACACAACUCUCAGAUUGUCAUGCCACCUCUAGUCAGAGGAGCCCAGCCUAUUGCAGUGACACCUCAGCAGAUAGCCAGUCUGCGUCAGCAGCAGCAGCAGCAACACAGUGGUUCAGGCCCCCCUCCACUCUUGCUGGCUCCACGGGCAUCUGUGCCCAAUGUCCAAGUUCAGGGCCAGAGGAUCAUUCAGCAGGGACUCAUUCGGGUGGCUAAUGUGGCCAACAGUAAUGUCAUGGUCAACAUCCCUCAGGCCUCUCCAACUAGCCUAAAGGGCUCUUCAGUAUCACCCAAUUCUAGUGUCAACGAGUCCCCAGCCAGCCGACAGGCAGCUGCCAAGCUUGCACUGCGUAAGCAGCUGGAGAAGACACUACUAGAAAUCCCUCCACCCAAACCUCCUGCCCCUGAGUUCAACUUUCUGCCUUCUGCAGCCAAUAAUGAGUUCAUCUAUUUGUUGGGGUUGGAAGAGGUGGUGCAAAAACUUCUGGAGAUGCACGGCAGGGGUAAUAUGGGCCCAGCUGCUGCAAUGUCCAGCUCUUUUCCCAAAGAGCCAUACACCUGUGCCCAGUGUAAGACAGACUUUACUUCCCGCUGGAGAAAGGAGAAGGCUGGGACCAUCCUCUGUGACCAAUGCAUGUCAUCCAAUCAGAAGAAGGCCCUAAAGGCUGAGCACACCAAUCGACUGAAGGCAGCAUUUGUUAAGGCACUCCAACAGGAGCAGGAGAUUGAGCAGCGCAUCCUGCAGCAGCCUGCUUCCUCUUCUGCCUCCCCUGUCUCUAAAACCACCUCAUCAUCCUCUCCCUCACUGUCCAAGAGUGAGGUGCUGGUGUCCCAGCAGGUCAGGGCUGCCAUGCAGCACAGGCCUGUGGCUGCACACCAUUCCACCAUUAAGCAGAGUCAGCUGUCACACAGCAUCCAGUCUGCAGUGGGCGCUCGUAGUGUGGCCCAGUCAUUCACCACCACCUCUCAGCUGCACAGCGCGGUGACAGCAGCGGCACUGGGCAGCAGGCCAGGUAAGCAUGUUGCAGCACGCCUGCUGCAGCAGGGGGCAAAGGUCUGCGCCGGCAGCAGCAGCAGUAACCAGGGCAACGUGGCUCCCUGGAGGAAGCAGAACAGUGGCAACAGUGGCAACACAGGUGUGACUAUGGCCUAUGUGAACCCCAGCUUGUCUGCCCAUAAGACCACCUCUGUGGAGCGUCAACGAGAAUACCUGCUGGACAUGAUUCCUUCCCGUUCUAUCUCACAAGCAGCUAAUACAUGGAAAUAAUGCAAAUUUUAUCCCUACUGACACCGUAACUAUUACUCCUCUUAAUAUUGUAACCCCCCAUUCUCAUUCUCAUUCUGAUCCUUUCUGUGGACUCUGCCUUGGGCCAAUAUGGUGUAGCAGAGAACCAGCCUCUUUGUUGGAUGGAAGUGUUCCUCCAUCUCCUCCUCAGAUCUUUCUGCUACCAUCUUUUUUUACCAGACUUGCUUCACAAAUUGGAGUUGUGCUGCAGCAGCUUGGGCCUCUGGGAUACACGGAGUUGGUCAAAUAGAAAUUGGGUAUCCUUUUGAGGGUUGGGGUAGACAUGGGAUUGUACAAUUUUAUAAGCAUCUGCAGUGACGUUGCCCCUCCCUCCCCUGUUGAACCUCCCAGUUGCACCAAGAAGAAGCUGCCACACAAUCUCUUAGUCCUCCUGCCUCUGGAUUAGGCAGGAAAAAAAAACUGUUAUACACAUUAAAAUAUUCGCCUUAUGUCAUACCCCUAGUCUGAACCAGUCAGACUCAGGCCCGCAUGGUGGCCACACUGGACUUUACUGAAGACCUCACCACAGGGAUUGUGGAUGAGCUUUGAGGACCAUCCAUGAAAUAACUGCUUCAGCUUUGCAAAAAUUAAUAAAUAAAUAAAAAGGACUGUAAAAAAUUAUCUAUCUGCACACAGACUGCCUCUUCUCUCUAACCCACGUUGUGUCUAGUAGAGAAGUUGAUGUGUGUUGGAUUGUUUUGUAUGGCUGAAUGUUAGAUUUUUGUCUUUUCUCCUGUAAGUCAUAUACUGUCUUUGGAAUAUUGUGCUCCCUGAUACUUUGGAAGUGGCCUCUUGUUGAGGUCUGAAUUUACAGGCUCAUGUUACUGUUGAGGUGGUUUUACAUCUGCUGGGUUCCAUGAUGUGGCCUACUUAAAUACUUUUCUUCUAAGAUAAAGAGGAAAACUAAAGACUUCACUGACUCCUGUAAAAACAUGAAGCGUAUGUUUGGAGGACUAUUCUUAUUGAAUAUUUUAUUUUAUUUUAUUUUUAUAAAGGAAAACCUUCCAAAGAACCCGUGGGGCCCAAAUGGAAUCCCUUCUACUAGAAGGUUUUUAGUUUAUUUGCACCCUCUGGUUAUAAACAUGAAUCCAUGCUAAACUGGGGGGUGGGGUGUGUGUGUGUAAAGUGUCAUAUUUUUGACAUGGUUUUGCUUUUAGUCAUAGAUUCUACUGCAUUCUUUUUUUUCCUGUAGACAGACUGUCUGGGUUUAUUUAUAGGGUCAUGUUAGUAAAGAUGUAUGCUUAUGCCCCAUGUUUGAGUGGAUGACCACUUCAGCUGAUUUGCUUGCUCUUGUGUGUCCAGUGGCUCCCACUCACCCUAUGACUGGUCUGAGUGAAGCUGGACAGCUUUCAGAAUGUAGUUAUGCAAAAGUCCUAUAGCAACAAAUGACCUGAACCUCUUAGUCUUUAACAUUAAGGUGUGUAUGAUUUAUGUCAGGUCCUUGAAUUGAGCUAACUAUGCCUUUCACAUGAGCUAUAGUGCCGUUUUAUCAGGUAGCAGCAGCACAGGAUAAGCUAGUGAAAUAAAGCAUGUCCUAUGUUAAACGCCAGUUGCCAUUGCUCAUAUUUAACAACCAUGUGCUGUUUUGUUUGAUUUCAGUCUCUGAGGUGGCCCAAAUUCUUUAACCCCUUUUACUCAGCAAUGACCUCCCAUUUAUGUGCCCUGUUGGAAAAUGUAAUAAUGUAAAAUAAUAAUAAUAUUGAUGUGUUAAAAUUAAGCAGUUAAAAUGGUAACACUGCAUGUUUAUCAAGCAGGAUGUUUAAAACCACAAACCCAAAUGACAAGAGGCUACCAUCAGUUUUUCUCAGCAUUUUGUCUGUCCCCCCUUUUUUUUUUUAAAUCAUUUUAACAUUGCAGCAAUAGUCUUAACUCAUCACUGUAAUAAAAUGCCUAGGAUCUUGCUUCCCUGUUGGUUCACUCUUGAUUUCCUAAUACAUCAGUGAUGUGAUGAUCUAGUGUGACAUUGUGUUUGUGUCUUGACUGCACUCUUUAGCUCACUGAUCAUUGUCAGGCUCCAUAUUGAAAGAUGGUGAACUGCAUUAAGUAACUGGGCAUCAGUUGACAUUUAUCCCUAUUGUUCUGGGGUAUCAUCAUUUUUUCUACACAUGGGUUGCAAUUAGGAUGGUGCAACAACACACAAAUUGCUGAUAGAAAUAAAAGUUUUUAAAUAGCUUGAUGUUAUAGGUUUGUCUCAAAGUAGCAUCAGAAAUCCAGGUUGUCUGUACAUUCCUGACAGGCAAAAGGAGGACAACCCAUGUCUUGCAGAUGCAAAAUAAGCAAUCUGGACUGAGCCCAUCAUUUUGUACCCUGCUAAAUGUAACCCUGUGCUGUCCUGAUUACUGCCGGCUGCUGCUUUUGUUUGGCAACAAUACCACCAUUCCAUUUGUUUGGGGUUCGACUGCUGUUAAAUGCAGUGCUGCCCAAAUGGAAGAGAAAAUGUAUGAGAAAUAUGUUUUUUGAUUUUUCUGCACUAUCAAAUAAAACAAAUUUUAACCCCGC